AGGGCAUCGGCGAAGCAAAUCCCAGGGAAGUUUGUCCCUGGAUCUAUCCUCCGAGCAAAGACAUUUGUUCCAGGGAAGCUUGUCCCUGGACCUACCCCCCGAGCAAAGACAUUUGCUCCGGGUUGGCUCUGAAAAAAGAAAAUUGUCCCAACAGCUGGGUUUGGAUUAUACAAUUGGUUCAUCUUCAAAAAAGAGAAAAGUACUCCGUGAGCUGAAUGUGGCAGCACAGGGUUAUGGUAUCCGCGAAAAGGGACUCUAGACACUCCACCGCUCAUGCUAUUAAUGUUUUUGAUGAGGUUCACCAGUAUUUUUUGCACACCCUGAAUUCUGAGGAGCAGUGCUUAACAAGACUGCUUGUACCGGCUGCACAUGCAAAAAAGUUUUUUGUUUUCCACACUUUGAAGGCCUAUCCAUGCACACUUUCUAUCUAUCUAGCAGAUAACUUGUCAGUUUUUUCGCCUGGUGAUGUGAUUUUUGAUGCGGAAGGGGAGCGCAGGGGUGUGCGUGAGGCUGUUCAGUCAAUGCUUUUUUAUCUAGGAGAGUUUGCAGUUGAUGAGCAGAAGUUGUCGGAGUAUAAAGCCGGGAAUGGCAUUCGUCCAUCCCCUUACGAAAUAUGCACAUCCAGAAUUGUAUAUAAUGGGCCUCGAGCUGAGAGAAAGCAUGAGACUGUAGACUCAUCGCGCAUUGCAGUGUCGCAUAUUGACCAUAUCAUUGGCAAAGACGGUACCAUGAUGUGAAGGCAGCUGAGGAUGUUAUUCAGGGGUGCGAUGUAAUGAAUACUUGUUUUAGAU